AGGAGGCGGCGGCGCCGCGGCACAGUCUCGGGCCAGCCGUGCGCGCAUCCCCCGGCGCCCUGCUCGGCCAAGAGCUCGUCGGGCCGCGGGAGCCAGCAUAGGAGCGGACAAAGCAAGAUGGCAGGGAUCUUAGCCUGGUUCUGGAACGAGAGGUUUUGGCUUCCGCACAAUGUCACCUGGGCGGACCUGAAGAACACGGAGGAAGCCACCUUCCCGCAGGCGGAGGAUCUCUAUCUCGCCUUCCCCCUGGCCUUCUGCAUCUUUAUGGUGCGGCUCCUCUUCGAGAGGUUUGUAGCCAAACCAUGUGCCAUAGCCCUCAACAUUCAGGCCAGUGGACCACAGAUUGCCCAGCCAAAUGCCAUUCUGGAAAAGGUCUUCACUGCAAUCACAAAGCAUCCUGAUGAAAAGAGACUGGAAGGUCUUUCCAAGCAGCUAGACUGGGAUGUUCGCAGCAUUCAACGCUGGUUUCGACAAAGACGCAACCAGGAGAAGCCAAGCACGCUGACGAGGUUUUGUGAAAGCAUGUGGAGAUUUUCAUUUUACCUUUAUGUAUUUACCUAUGGAGUCCGAUUCCUGAAAAAGACCCCCUGGUUGUGGAAUACAAGACAUUGCUGGUAUAACUACCCUUACCAGCCACUCACAACUGACCUUCACUACUAUUAUAUCCUGGAGCUGUCGUUUUAUUGGUCUUUAAUGUUUUCCCAGUUCACUGAUAUCAAAAGAAAGGAUUUUGGCAUUAUGUUCCUGCAUCACCUUGUGUCUGUUUUCUUGAUUACCUUUUCAUAUGUCAACAAUAUGGCCCGAGUAGGAACCCUGGUUCUCUGUCUUCACGAUUCAGCUGAUGCUCUUCUGGAGGCUGCCAAAAUGGCAAAUUACGCCAAGUUUCAGAAAAUGUGUGAUCUCCUGUUUGUUAUGUUUGCCAUGGUUUUUAUCACCACACGACUGGGUAUAUUUCCUCUCUGGGUGUUAAAUACCACAUUAUUUGAAAGCUGGGAGAUCGUUGGACCUUACCCUUCUUGGUGGGUUUUUAACCUACUGCUGUUGCUAAUACAAGGCUUGAACUGCUUCUGGUCUUACUUGAUCGUAAAAAUAGCUUGCAAAGCUAUUUCGAAAGGCAAGGCUGGGAAGUGGAACCCUUUACAUGUGUCCAAGGAUGAUCGAAGUGAUAUUGAGUCUAGCUCAGAUGAGGAGGACUCGGAACAUCUGGGGAAGAACUCCCACACUGCAACCACCACCAAUGGAACCAGUGGUACCAACGGGUACCUCCUGACGGGCCCUUGCUCCAUGGAUGAUUAAUCACUCACAACUACAAGUCCCGAACAAAGUGAACUAUUUGUUCCUGGAAGUAUUUAAGAAGUUGCAAAUGCAGUUCCUUUCAUAAUAUCUCAGCACCAGAAACAAAAAAUUAGGAUUAUCAAAGCAUUUUUGAAUAGUGCACUGCCAUAUCCGUCUGUGAAUGAAGAAUUAUCAUUCUCUAUAUGUAAGCAUGCUGUGUGUAAUUGACACAAGGGAACAGUUUUGCAUUUGUAUUGUCUUAGAAUAUUAUUUAUUUUUUGUAUUUGUUUGUAAAUCUGUGGACAAAAGAGGAUUUCCUCAUUCCUUUUACUCUCUGGGUUCAUGACAGAGAGGGAGAUGCUCUGUCUGCUUCUACCCCUUUCUACUGCUAUAACCCAGUCUGCUAGGAACAUCAGCUUAAUUUGUUUACUAGAGCAAGCAAAAUCCCGUGUAAGAUUCUUACACCGCUCCAAAUAGGUUUGCUUUCUUUGUGUCAGUGCCCAUUCUGAAGUUGCCUGUAAUCUCAGUGACCAUUCUCCCAGUAUACAGUUUAAACAGGAUGAGGUUGGGUUUUUGUCACUCUUUCUGGUCAAUUAGUACUUCCAAUUAAAAAGUAUAGUUAUUGGAGGGCUUUUUAAAUAUGGCUUUGUAUUCAAUUUCUUUGGACUAGACUUCAUUUCUUGUGCAGACAGCUAAGAUUUCUUCAGUGAGUGUGAUAGCUAGUUGGAGAUUAACCUGGUAGGUUACAGAGACCUUUUUAUUCUCUAUUAUGAGGUCAGUGUGCUGAAGGAAGACAUUUGCUUAAGGUCACAGUUACAAAGAAAUCACUCUUAGUGUCGGGAGUUUGUCCCAUGAUCUGAGAAUAACAUAAAGAGAGUGGCUGAUUGCAACCAGGUUUUACCACUUUCCCUGUAAUUAGUGCCAUCUUCUAUCAUCUCAUGAAAAAAAUAAAUAAAGAAAGAAGAAGCUACAUAUACUUUGCGACAGAAAAAAGAGUUUCAAGAGCUGACAAAGGUCACCUCUAGUGCAAAGCACUUUAUUGCACCAGCUUUCAAGACAGUGCCCUAUCUAGUUUUUAUUUUUUUCUGAGCAAAAUAAAGCCAAUGGGAGAAAGACUAUUUUACUUUUUGUCUUUCUUCCAAAACAUAACCCAGAAUGACUUUCCUGUUACUCAAAAAUGAGUCCUUUUGUUUACUUCCUUGAAGACUUGUUCGGUUUACAGGAAUUUUUACUCAAACAAGGCUAUUGCCAGAAAAACAAAAAUUUGACUGGAUAGUGGCAAUUGUGAGAAAGAUUACUGAAAUUUAAGUUUCCAUCAUCAUCUACAUGGCAGUGUUAUUUGUGUAGAGUUUAGAAAACCAUGUACAUAAACCAAAGAUUUUAUCUCCUUUCUUCCAACUUCUAGUAACAGAAUAAAAAAAUAUUACAAAUACUUACAAAUCAAAAAGACUAUCAUCUAAAACAAGAGAUCAAAACCACAACGCAGUAAUAUAAAUAUGUGAAUCAGGGCCUAACGAAGACAAUAGCAAAAUACUAAAGGGUAAGUGUCCUGCUCAGGGCCAUUUCAAUUCACUUCAAUUUUUUUGAAAACAAAGUUUUCUGCUCACAAUUUGUAACCUGUAAGAUGAUAGUUAAAAGAAUGCUCCCAAACAAAAACCUUACACUGUAAUAUUAAAUCUUUCCCCCUCUAGUUACAAAAUGGUGUGUUUCUGGUAUGGUCCAUAUAAUCAUUGAAGAGGCUUGGAAAUAUGUUUGCUUGUUUAUUGAGAAAACAAUACAACGAAUUCUUCAUGUAAAGCCUUAUUAUUUUAUUUCACAAAACAAGGAUAGUGGUGUAAUUUGUAGAUGGUUUGUGUUUCUAAGACCAAUCACAAAACAUCAAAAAUACUUGUUAGUCAUCUGAAAUCUGCUAAGACGUAGAUAAGUAAAAAGUAACAGCAAGCAUGUUAUGGCUAGAACAUUUUGAGAAGGUGAAUUUCUUUUCUUGUCAACUAAAACAUGGGAGAAGACUGAAUUGCACCUUGCUUCAGUGUCUGGAGCAAUUCUUUUUGACAGGUAAAAACAACCAGAGAAACACAGUGUGUUCAAAUUUGGAUCACCUGACACUUGUUAGCACAGAAGAAUAAUUUCAAAAGACCAGCUCAUAAAAUAAAGGAUUCGAAAAGUUGCAUAAAAUGAAGUAAUUUGAGUCCGUCCUUAGCAAAGACAAACCUAAACAAUCUUGUUUUUACCAAAAGACACUUAGAAGGAGGGCUGGGAAUACUUAGAGCCUCUCUGGCUGAUGGCAUUAAUUUAACACAGUCCUCAAUGAAUCUACAGAUUUUUAUUUCCUUUUACAUUUUAGGGGAAACACGUUUUUUUUGACUAAUCAAAAUGGUGUUUGUAGGCCUCUAAGGGUGAAGAAUAAUAUAUCUCUGUCUACUGCUCUCCCAUGGUGGCCUGAUAAGGCUGAAAGAAAAAUAUGUGAGAUAUCUUAUCUUCUACCUGUGCCAGGCCAUAGCUUUGGAAGUGUAUUUUGUAAAUUCAACUGUAGAUUACUGAGAAUAUUGUUUCCCAAUAAUUAACUUAGCCUGUGUUGAGAUCUCCUUCCUCCUGGUCACAUUCAAACUUUCCCAGGGUACAAAGGGGUAUGUAGGAAGGAAUCUAGAAAAAAGUAAUAUUUUAUUCUUUCAUGUUAUAGCUUUUCUAGAUCUCUUAGUGGGGAAAAAAGUAGAAAAUCAAGUAGAAUUGGCCUUGGGUCAAUAAAUGUGUGACCUAUGUAUGUAUAAUGUAUGUUUCUCCAAAAACGUGAUGAAACCAAAAUAUCACUGACUCAUCCUUACCCAUAUUCUUUUCAUAAAAACCAUCCACCAUGUACAAUAGAAACUUCCCGCCUCUCUCUCAACUUCCUAUUCAUUCUGCCCACACAGCCGAGAAUGGUAGAAUUUGUUCAGCCUCUUAGCAUUGAAGCUAAAUACGACUGAGUCCAGAUCAUAGAGUACCUAAGGCCAGCAUAUAAGCCAAAUACACUUCUCAUUUCUAAAUUUAGUCAUAUGACCAUGAAGAAUAGGGAAGUAACUAUCAGUAUUUUGGAUUAUUAAACUAUAUGUUGGGAAAAAGUGCAUAUGAUUGCUGCUUAACCCCAGGAUUUUAUUAACAUCCAACUCCCACUAGGCUGCUACCGUGUUUCCCCGAAAAUAAGACCUAGACAGACAAUCAACUCUAAUGCGUCUUUUGGAGCAUACAUUAAUAUAAUUCCCGAUCUUAUAUUAU